AUGAUCUCUAGACCGACUCUUGCGAGGUCUGCUCAGCAGGCUCUCCGCCAAUCGAGCUGUGCUCGCACAAUCUCGGGCCGCCGCUUCGCCAGCACUUCUGCUGGCUCCGGUGUCUUCGAGACUGCCGACGCUGGUGGUGUCAAGGUUGCCGCGAGAGAUUCUCAAGGCCCGACUACCAAGUUGGCUAUCGUGGCCAAGGCCGGUACCAGAUACCAGCCUCUUCCCGGAUUGGCCGCUGGUCUCGAGUCCUUCGCCUUCAAGAACACACAAAAGCGCUCCGGUCUGCGCAUCAUCCGCGAAUCCGAGCUCCUCGGCAGCCAAUUGGCCGCCUACCACACCCGUGAAGCCCUCGUCCUCGAAGCCAGCUUCUUCCGCGAUGACCUUCCCUACUUCACUGAGCUCCUCGCCGAGAUCGUCUCCGAGACCAAGUACACCACGCACGAGUUCCAUGAGGAGGUUCAGCCGGUCCUCCGCCUGAAGCAGUCUGGUGUCAGCGCAGCCGCCCAGGCUCUUGAUGCCGCUCACGCCGUCGCUUUCCACUCCGGCCUCGGCUCUCCCUUCAACCUGACGCCCUCGAUCCCCAUCCAGCCCUACCUGAGCGAGACCGCCGUUGCCGAAUACGCCGGUGCCGCCUACGCCAAGCCCAACAUCGCCCUCGUUGCCGACGGCGCUUCUGCCGCCAACGUCACCAAGUGGGCCGGUCAAUUCUUCAAGAACACUCCCGCUGCGUCUUCCGGCAAGCUGUCCCUCAACACCACUGCCUCCAAGUACUACGGUGGUGAGCAGCGCGCCUACAGCGCCAGCGGCAAUGCUCUCGUCAUUGCUUUCCCCGGUGCUACCGGCGGCCAGGCCACCCCUGAGUUUGCCGUCCUCGCUGCUCUGCUCGGCGGCAAGUCUAACAUUAAGUGGUCUCCCGGCUUCGGCUUGAUCCCCAAGGCUCUCGGCCGCACCUACGGUGUCUCCACCUCGACUGCCAACCUGUCCUACUCUGAUGCCAGCCUCCUGACCGUCCAGCUUUCCGGCUCGGCCGCGUCCGUCCGCAAGGCCGCUGAGGCGACCGUCACGGCGCUGAAGAGCGUCUCCGAGGGCUCCGUCAGCAAGGAGGACCUGACCAAGGCUAUUGCCAAGGCCAAGUUCGAUGCUCUCGAGGCCACCGAGAAGCGCAGCGGCAGCAUCCUCCUCGCCGGCUCCGGACUCGUUCACAGCGGCAAGGCCAUCGAUGCCGCCGAGAUUGCCAAGUCUCUCGACUCUGUUUCUGUUGAGAAGCUUCAGGCGGCGACGAAGAAGAUUUUGGACGGCAAGGCUAGCGUCGCGGCGGUUGGUGACUUGUACGCUCUGCCUUACGCUGAGGAGCUUGGCCUUCGGGUUUAA